CCCAACCCUGCCAUAUGCCUCAAUCCCUCUAAAGAGUCACGGACACUCACGCUCAACCCCUCGCUCAGAUAUGACAUGCCCUUUAUCAUACUCAUAAAGUGCUGUAGUAUUACAGUAGCCUGACACAUUGCACAGAGGACACUGUCUCCCAUGAACCUCUAGGGCGGAAGAGCAGAAGAGGUGAUUGGGGAACAGGUGUUACAAUUAAUUACCGGCGGCUGCCAGCAGACCCGCCGAGUACCGAGUGUCUGCCAACGAGGAGCCACAGUGACAAGAAAUGCAGCCUCACAGGGAAAACAACAAUUAUUGACACACUGUGUAAUCAUGCCAAACUACUUUGUAAGUCAUACACUUUACGGUUCGGUGUGUGUCUAAAAGUUGCCUAAACAAUGGCAGCACAACUUCAGCACCUUGGGUAUGAGGAUGAAAAGUUGCAGCGCGUGAUGGAGAGGUUGCCUUGCAGAGAUGUCCAGGCGAGCAUGCUGCUGGCGUUGAUGGGAGAGCCAGAGCAAUGCAGCUACCCUUCCAUUUUCAUUUAUGGUCAUCGUGCCACAGGAAAAAGCCAUGUGAUACACACCUUGCUGAAGGAAUUGGAGCUUCCCUAUGCCACAGUGAGCUGUGUGGAAUGUGUCUCUGUAGGACUGCUGUUUGAGCAGAUUCUCCUCUCCCUCUUUGGCUCCGACUCUGCCUCCCUACUGUCCUGCAGUCCCUCCCUGUCAGACUUCGUACGAGUCUACAAACAACUGUGUGUCCAGGCCUCGGCCAAGCAGACACGAUACAUUGUGCUGGACCGGGCUGAGCUCCUUAGAGAUAUGGAAGCCAAUCUCCUCCCUGCCUUCUUGCGCCUUCAGGAACUGGUCGAGGACAAUGUGACGGUGAUCCUGCUCAGUGAGAUCGUGUGGGAUAAGUUCCGACCCAACACUGGCUGUUUUGAACCACUGCUGCUCCACUUCCCUGACUACAGGAAAGGGGAGCUGCAGCAGAUCCUGUCUGAGGACAGCCACCCAUCCUACUCCCCAGAGCUCUACUCUGCCUUCAUCAACAUCCUACUGGGAGUCUUCUACUCUGUCUGCAGGGACCUCAGAGAGCUCAGACACCUGGCUGCCCUCCAUUUCUCUAAAUUCAUUGAACCUUUGGAGCAAGGCAAAGUGAAAGAGGGUGACACUCACAAGCUGUGGAGGAAUAUCGAGCCUCACCUGAAGAAGGCCAUGCAGACAGUGUACCUGCGAGAGGUGUCCAGUGUGCAGUGGGAGCAACAGCUGCAGAUGGAGGAGAAGGAGGCAGGAGUCGUGAGAGGUCUGUCUGCUCAUGCCCAUGUGGAGUUGCCUUACUACUCCAAGUUCCUGCUGAUAGCUGCAUACCUGGCCUCCUACAACCCUGCUCGCACUGACAAACGCUUUUUCCUCAAGCACCAUGGCAAAAUAAAAAAGACCAACUUUUUGAAGAAACAUGAAAAGACCAGUAAUCACCUGCUGGGGCCCAAGCCAUUCCCUCUGGACCGUCUCCUGGCCAUCUUCUACAGUGUGGUGGACAGCAGAGUGGCCCCCACCGCCAGUGUUUUCUGUCAGAUCUCCUCCCUGGUGACCCUUCAACUGUUGAAUCAGGUGGGCCACGAUGACCAGCUGGAUGCGCCUAAAUACAAAUGUGCUGUCUCUCUGGACUUCAUCCGCACCAUCUCCAGGACUGUGAGCUUUGACAUGGUAAAGUACCUGUAUGACUUCCUCUAGUCGUGGUGGUUUAAGGGAGAGGAAUUCAUCUGGACUCUGAUGGAAUGGAAUGUACUGGUGGACAUUGGACAAACAUGAGCAGAAAGGUGGGAGAUGCUUCUCUUGUCUGGACUCCUCACUGUGUGUGCACUCUGCAGGACCGGAGGACUAUGGAAUCAUUAAGCCUAUGCUUUAUUGCCCCCUGGUGACUGACUGGAACGACUGUCAGACACCAGCAUCUGCAGCAUUGUGAAUGUACUGUAUUGUGAAUGCGCCUAUUGAUUCCCUAGCUACACUUGUUUGAUUGUGGUGAACAAACAAUAGAGAACAUUCAUAAUUUUCUGGAUUCACAGGAGCCCUUGGAUAUCUUCGGGUUUUGGUGGACUUUAAUAUUAUUUUUCAGUACUUCAAAAUAAAAUGUCCCUGUUAACAAAGGUUUCAUAAUUGUGACAGGAUUCUGUUCUCUCCAUAGUCUGACAUCUACAGCUACGCACAAUAAGAACCUGGUAGAAUGAAGGAUUCAUCAAAGAAUUCUUAAGGUACAAAAUGGAGGAAAUAUAAUAUACUCAGCAACAAAAAAAGUCCCUUUUUCAGGACCCUGUCUUUCAAAGAUAAUUUGUAAAAAUCCAAAUAACUUCACAGAUCUUCAUUGUAAAGGGUUUAAACACUGUUUCCCAUGCUUGCUCGGUCUUAAGACACUAACAGCUUACGGUAGGCAAUUAAGGUCACAGUUACGAAAACUUAGGACACUGAAGAGGCCUUUCUACUGACUCUGGAAAAACACCAAAAGAAAGAUGCCCAGGGCCCCUGCUCAUCUGCGUGAACGUGCCUUAGGCAUGCUGCAAGGAGGCAUGAGGACUGCAGAUGUGGCCAGGGCAAUAAAUUGCAAUGUCCGUACUGUGAGACGCCUAAGACAGCGCUACAGGACAGACAGCUGAUCGUCUUCUGAGUGGCAUACCAUGUGUAACAACACCUGCAUUGGAUCAGUACAUUCGAACAUCACACCUGCGGGACAGGUACAGGAUGGCAACAACGAGCUUGAGGUACACCAGGAACGCACAAUCACUCCAUCAGUGCUCAGACUGAGCAUGUCAUUGCAGGCAAUCUCAACGCUGUGCGUUACAGGGAAGACAUCCUCCUCCCUCAUGUGGUAGCCUUCCUGCAGGCUCAUCCUGACAUGACCCUCCAUCAUGACAAUGCCACCAGCCAUACUGCUCGUUCUGUGCAUGAUUUCCUGAAAGACAGAAAUGUCAUUGUUCUGCCAUGGCCAGCGAAGAGCCCGGAUCUCAAUCCCAUUGUCCACGUCUGGGACCUGUUGGAUGUGAGGGCUAGGGCCGUUCCCCCCAGAAAUGUGCGGGAACUUGCAGGUGCCUUGGUGGAAGAGUGGGGUAAUGCAGCUGGUGGCCACACCAGAUACUGACUGUUACUUUUGAUUUUGACCCCCCCCCCCCCUUUUGUUCAAGGACACAUUGUUCCAUUUCUGUUAGUCACAUGUCUGUGGAACUUGUUCAGUUUAUGUCUGUUGUUGAAUCUUAUGUUCAUACUAAAUAUAUACACAUGUUAAGUUUGCUGAAAAUAAACGCAGUUGACAGUGA